CAUUGGUUUUAAAGUGUAGACACCUUUGUGCAAUUAAAGAUAACAUAAUGUCAAUAUGUUGACCUGUGUAAACUUUGCUUCUAGACUCUAUGUCAUGUUUGCUGUAGCAAUGCAAAUGUGUGUCUCGACUUCAAGCGUUGAGACGUUCAUUAGUGGCGUGUAUUGAUGUUGAUACGUUGAUACGUUCAUUAGUGGCGUGUAUUGUUGUUGAUACGUUGAUACGUUCAUCAGUGGCGUGUAUAGAUGUUGAUACGUUGAUACGUUCAUUAGUGGCGUGUAUUGAUGUUGAUACGUUGAUACGUUCAUCAGUGGCGUGUAUAGAUGUUGAUACGUUGAUACGUUCAUUAGUGGCGUGUAUUGAUGUUGAUACGUUGAUACGUUCAUCAGUGGCGUGUAUUGAUGUGUUUCUAUUUGACAUAUACAGAAAGAAAUAUUAUAGCGUAGUCUUUUAGGAUUAAGUUUUUUCCAAAGUGAACGAAUAUCUAAGAAAAGAACUAGCGAUAAAAAAAAACGACACACUAUAUGUGUCGCUCAGUGAUGCCAAAUAUAGUGUUCUCUUAAGUGGAAGUCUUUAAUUAUAUUUUAAUCAAAGUUUAUAAGGUAUAAACAGUAUCAACUGAUUGAGAUACUCUAGUUUUUUGUUAUAUUCAAGAAGAUUCAGAGACUAUGUUCGCAUAUGGUCGAGACCAUCUUCUUGACUUAAGGAAUAUUGUUCUACGCUCGAAUUAGUUGCAAUUGAAAAAGGCAAAUGCAAAUUAUUGCAAAUUAAUAUUGUACUUAUAUUGUAUUACUACAUAUUACAAAGCUGGGAUGUAGUUCAAAUUAGACUAGCCAAUACUUUCUUAUGGAAAACAAGUUUCUUUCAUAGUGAGUGAAACGGGAUAAAUUUAGGCUACAAAGGAAGGCGCAAGAGAAAAGAAAAUGGAUGUAGUUAUAUCAGAACAUGACUUAAACUAUGACCUAGACAAUCAAAGUCAACAUUUGUCCAAUUCCAGUCACGACAAAGUCAUGCAUAGUGCUGUGAUUGACGACAUUGCCUCGGUCAUCGGGUGGAUUUAUUUCACAGCCUGGACAUUGUCCUUCUAUCCUCAAGUUUUCAGCAACUGGAAAAGGAAGAGCGUUGUUGGCUUGAGUUUCGACUUUGUGCUGUUCAACAUGAUUGGAUUCAUUGCCUACUGCUGUUUCAAUGUUGGUCUCUACUGGAUCCCGUCAGUCAAGGCUGAGUAUUUCAAAGAACACAAGGAUGGGGUCAGUCCGGUCCAGAUCAAUGACGUGUUCUUUGCCAUUCAUGCUGUCGCCAUUACACUGGUUGUGAUCAUUCAAUGUUUUAUAUACGAGAGAGGAACUCAGAAGAUAUCCGUCUGGAGUAAAGUUCUGGUCGGCUUCAUCUUUUUAUAUGUGAUCAUUACGCUCAUCCUGACCCUGUCUGGAGAGAUGAUCUGGCUGGACUUUCUCUACAACUUCUCUUACAUCAAACUGGUGGUCACGUGUCUGAAGUACACACCACAGGCUUAUCUAAACUUCAAACGAAAGAGCACUCUAGGGUGGAGUAUUGGCAAUGUGUUGCUGGACUUCAUUGGAGGAUGGCUCAGUAUAAUACAGAUGUUUCUACUGGCUUACAAUGGAGAUGACUGGGACUCCAUAUUUGGUAACGUGACCAAAUUUGGUCUGGGUCUUGUGACGAUAGUUUUCGACUCCCUCUUCAUCUUUCAGCAUUACGUCCUAUACAGAGGUAAGGGCACCUACAGUGUUCUUAAAGAUUAUGAAAUAGCCGUGACCUCGGAGCACCCAACCGGAAGAGGCUCUUCACCAUACACAGCGCCAUUGCUAAAAAAGGAAGAUCUAAAAAUAAGCUCGCCGUGGCUGGACAAAACAGUUCAAAGUGGUCAUUGAUUGUACUUGCAUCCAUCGACAUCUGCCAUUUGUUAUUACAGUCAUCAUGUAUACUGUUUGUAUCAACCUACAUUCCCGUCCAUUUUCAACUAUUUUCUUUUGCUUAUUCUUCAUCAUCAUCAUCCAACUCUAUUAGAGUGAGGGCUUGACGAGGCUCAAAUCCUCUCUUGCUAAAGCCCUGGACAGAAACCCUGCUGUCUUGUGUAGUGCAUUCAUGUCACCAUACAGGUUGAGAAUUUCUGGUUUCCCAGACCUGUCGGACGGAGUUCAGCAAGUCUGGGGCAGUCAAACAGAAUAUGAGGCACGGUUUUCUCUUCUUCCCCACAGCGGGGGCACCGUGAAUCGAAAUUUGGCCAUAGCCGUGAGAAAUAUGAGCCAACAGGACAGUGCCCUAUCCUGCACUGUGCUAUAAUAGCUUGCUCAGGCCUUGAUAGUCUGCACCACGGGGAAGUGAGGUCAGGGCGCCUCAUGCGCUCCCAGACUCCAUGGGCUUUUUGGGACUUGUCCCAGUACUCGAACCACUUUCCCAUUUUUUAAAUUUUUUGUUUUAAUUAUAGUUUGCAUAGCCUUAGCAUAUUCAUACAUCAGGCCGGCCCUCUAAACGUCGGUACUUCGAGUCACAUUUGAUUAAAUGGAAAACAAAAGUCUGGCAUCCAAAACUAUUCCAUGUAAAACUAUGACCAAUUCCUUCUUCCCUAUUCUAGCAUGUAAAAGGCUGCCUGAAUAUUUAGGUAAGCCUACAUGGACAUAAUUAUCUUUUUUAAAGGAAGGUCUGCUAUUUACAUGAUAAUUAAUUAAUUAUGUCUUUGUUGGCCUCCUUCAGUCGUAGAACGACUGUGGUUCAUCUCGCACAAGUGAGACGAAAGCCUGGGCGUUGUUUAUGGUCGGAACGAUGUUGCCCACACAGCAGUUCCCCCUCUCUCCGCGCAGCUGAUGUGAUAAGUCUUUAAUGUCCUUAUUAGUGAACAUUGUAGUUAUUUAAAAAAAAAAGGAUUUAGUGGACGAAUGAUUCAGAGAUAUGAAUAUGAAAUAUGAAAGUGACAUUCCAAAGCUAUUGUAUAAAAUUG